CCUUAAUCUCGCCUUGCAGGGACACGCUGAGAAGCACUAUCCCUUUACCAACAAGCACGGCAAGGGCAGCUGGUUGACUUGAGGUACGGUGUGUUCAGAUAAACGUCUUACAUUAGUUGGUAGAGACUACUGAACAGUUUAUAUAUAUUUUGUGUUAUUUUUCGUGGUUUUUUUCCUUUUCUUUUUUUAAUUCUGCUUCUUCCGGUACCAAUCCGUGGUAUAAUACACACACUCUCUCUAUAAAAAAUUGGGUUAGAUACACUUUGGGUGUUCUUCUUGUGCUCUGUCUUUGGUCUAUUUGUGAACUAUAGAAAAGUCGAGCAGUCAACUACUCUUGGAAUAUAAUUUUCGAUUAGUCUUAAGUUGACUUAAAGUUAAAAAAAGUAUCUACUGGAUUGUGAAAAGUAAACAACACUUUUCAUACUUUCUUCAAGGUCUCAUCACUCAAUCUCCCUUCCUUCUUCUUUACAGGUUCCCUCAUAGAUUUUCCCUUUUCUUUUUUUUUUCUUUUUUUGGCCCAUAAUGUCGAGAACUUUGGACUUGGAUUCUGAGGAUUUAUCCCCUAUUGAACUCGCAAAACGUCAGGCUUGCCAUAUGGCUGUCGACGAAAACCUUCCUAAAUCAGCCAAGGUCAUUGGUAUUGGUAGUGGAAGUACGGUGGUUUAUGUUGUCGAGCGGUUGUUGAAGAAACCCGGCAUCGAGAAUGUCGUGUUCUUGCCUACCGGUUUCCAGUCAAAGGAACUCAUUGUUUCCAAUGGUCUGCGUCUCGGUGACCCAGACUGCUACCCCGACGUCGAUGUGGCUUUCGAUGGUGCCGACGAGGUUGAUGCCAACCUUAACUGCAUCAAGGGUGGUGGUGCUUGCCUGUUCCAGGAAAAGCUGAUUGCUGUGUUAACCAAGCGUUUGGUUAUCGUAGCUGACUCUAGAAAAAACUCAGAGAAGCUUGGUGCUUACUGGGUUAAGGGAGUUCCCAUUGAGGUCGUCCCCAUGGCUUACACAUUUGUUCUCCGUGAGCUUAAGCGUCUGGGUUGCAAAGAACCCAAGCUGAGAAUGGGUGCUCCGGGAAAGGCCGGUCCUUUGGUCACCGAUAACGGCAACUUCAUAAUCGAUGCCAACUUCGGAUUGAUCGACAAACCCGAGGAACUGUUCAAACAAAUUAAACUUAUUAUUGGCGUCGUUGAGGUCGGUAUCUUCAGCCAAAUGAUCCAGUCUGCUUACUUCGGUAACCCUGACGGCAGUGUCACGGUAAAGAAGAACGAUGGUACUCAGCGUAUUAUUCCUGCAGAGGUCACUGUUGCUUCAGCUGUUCAACAAAAGAUCACCGGCGAGAACCCUAACGUUAUCACCGUCUAAAAUUCCGAACUAGUUUUUUGCUUUAAUAUAUAUACGUGUGUCCUACAUUGUCUGUAAUUCUGCUCAUAACUGGCACAGAAGAGAAUGAAUUAUGUAUAGUACUAUUUGUAUUGAAGAAAAGUUUAUGUACACA